GGUUUUGCCUAUACACAGCCAUUUUGGAAACUGCUGCUCUGUGGAAAUCCCCUAAACUGUGUCUUUGCUGCUAUUUGUACUACUACCCUCAUCAUCAACUCAGUAAAGAGAUUUUUUGUUGUUGUAACCAAUGGCUUGAUUAUUGCCGCCAUCAUCCACACCCCUGCCUUGCUCCCAGCCAAACAUCUACCAUGAAGAGCACCCCAACUACCACCAGGCAAGAGCCCCAAAGCAAGGGUGCGUCCUCUAGUCACUGCACGACCCCAGGGAGCUCCAGAGGGGAGAACUGUGAACUGAAGAAACACCCAUGAUGUACCCGGGGGAGCGCCGGCUCCUGCCCAGAACCGAUCUGCGUUCUCGCCUGCAUCUUGGAGCGGAGAGUUCAGAUGUUCUCCAGAUGGUCUCCAGGAACACUAGGAGGCACAGACAAGCUGUCGGCAGUAAUGAGCACAGUCACACGCCGGGUCUCAUUCCCAAACCACCGCCGGGAUCCCUGGAGCCCCUCGGCCCCGCUCUCCGCACAACUGUCUGCAGGCAGGAAAGAAAUAGAAGAGUCGUCGGCAAACUACGAGACUACAGAAAAGAGCCGGAAACCAAUCACAGACGUGAAGCGACGAGCAGCGGCCGUCUGGAGGAUACGGCGCCGUCCUCAGCGUCGCCAGUGAGACCAACGACAGACCUUCAGAGCCGGUUUGAAGCGAUGGACAGAACUGAAGAUGUAAUGUCACAUAUCCAGAGAGUCCGGGCCAGGCUCGGGUGGAAAACACCCCAAUUCGAACUUGAAAUCAGCAAGGCAGAUAAAUAUAAGAGACUUCUAAAGGAGAACACUCUUAUGAAAGAAGACACGGGAGAAUUUGUAUAUUGCUUACCCAGAUAUCAUGGCCACCCCACCGCUCGCUACGAUCCAUACGAUCUCCAGGUGGUUCCAGCUUAUACCGCCGUGCAGUGUGACGUAUACUGGACUGUCAGUGCAUCCUAUGUGUCUAAGGUCAUGAUGGUCUCGGGAGCGGAGAUCAUGGAGGCCGUGCCCGUCACCGAGUGGUUAUGUGAGAGGGAGAAAUACUAUGCAAUAAAGAAUAUCCGCACAUUCUCCCAGUUCAGGCUGUGGAAAGCUUUUACGGUGUGGAAAAGGAACGUUCACAGAUCCAAGAUGGACAGUAGCAAGGCGCUGCUCCUCCGCCAUCUGUUCCUCGCUGAUGGACUCUUCCAGGACUGCCUGCUAUACCUCCAGACGUUGUGUGAGGGCGCUGUGAAUGUCCAGAGUGAUAGCCCACAUGGAGAUUUGCCUAUUUUACUUGUUAAUCUGGAUCACUCCUGCACCUAUUCCCUGAAGGAUUUUUGUCAUAUUCAGAACGAAGCCAGUGAUAAUUCCCUGAAGAAACUUCAGACACUCAGAGAAAUGCUUCUUAAGGUCAUCGCUCAGACUUUACAUAAGGUGGCCGAGGCCGUCGGGCUGAAGGAUCCAUUCUUAUCUACAUCCCCAAAGGAGCCAAAUUACACAGAGCAGUCCGAAUGGAGGAAUCUGCAGGAGCGGUUUAGAAGGUUUCUCAGCCUGGUCGACUGCCUCUUCCAGGAGAUGCUACGAUCUGUGGCCUCCAAUGCAGUCCAGAUGCUCCUCAAAUUCUUAGAAGCUUCCAGCCAUGUGACGUCAGCAGAAGAGAAAAAGAAAGAUAAAUUAAGAAACGCAGAGGACAAAAGCCUGGAAAUAUCUGAUAAAGUCCAACAAAUGGCCAGUUCACCAGUAGAUAUUUCUAAGGUGCUGAGGGAAAUUCGAGAGAACAAGCGAGGGAAACAAGAAGCGGCUGCGGUGUUUGAAGUUCGCUUGGUCCUGCAUUCCCGGACAGAAGACGAGCAGCAACUUUCCGCGGCUUCCCAUGAUCCUCCUGGAGGCAAAAAGCAAGUCACUUUCGAAGAAGGAAAUGAGGAUUAUCCUGGUUCUGAAGAAUGGGUCAAUGAUGGGAAAGAUGAAGACAGUCCAAGAAGGUCAUCAGCUGCUGCUCCUAAGACUGUCCUGGUCUUUCCUCCUAACACUGAAUUUGAAAUACAUAUACAAGGGCUUGUGGAUGGAUUUGAGCAGACUAUAGGUAGGUUCUCCCCUCUCAGCGAGGAUCCUUGUUUUUCCAAAUUCUUCCUUCAGCCGACACGUGAGAAGAAAGCUGUUCCUGAUAGACAGCCAAAGUGGAGCCAGAAGGCGAGCAGGCCCAACUGUGAGCUCCUUCUUGGAAUGGAUUCAGAUUAUCAAAGAUGGGUGAAGAGUAUAUUUUCUGUCAUGAAAUGCUCCAUGGAGGAAGUUGACAGGUACAGCAGCCACUUUACCAAGUUCUGCACCAUGGUGGAAGCCGCUGAGAAUGUGAAGGUGAAGAUCAGCAGCGCCCAGGUCGAGCUGUCUCCAGAUGACUAUAGAGGUAUCCUGGCCACGGUCAGAGGCUUCAUCCAGGAAUGUCAGCACAUGGACAUCGAGAGGAGAGUUCUCAAUAUCAAAGUGAGAAGCCUGGACCUUCAGACAGAGUGUCUACAGCAUCUCCAAGAAGUUGUAGACAUCAUUCACAGGUCCCUGCCAGCCAUGGCCUACACCAAGAACAGCCAGCUUCUGGAAGUCAUACAUACAUUUCUACAGAGACUGAACAGGAGGCUGACCCACGUGGAAGAGUUUGUGGAGCACCUGACGUUUCUCGGACAGAUCUCCUCCGAGCUGCCAUCCCUGGAGCGACAGUACACUACCGUCAUCCAGCUCUACGCCGUCGCCAGAGACUACGGCAUCAGUGUUCCUUCAGAGGAAACCGCUCUCUAUCAAAGUCUUAUUCCCAGCUUCCAGCAGCUGAAAUCAGCCGUUCUGUUCUGCGAAGCUAAGAAGGAUGAAGACAUUGUUAAAUUCAGCGGGGAUUUGGACAAGUACAUCUCAGACCUGCACUUUCACUUAAUGGAGUUCAAGAUCAAAGUGACAAACCCAAUACUUCUAGAAGCUGACAUGUUUCCGCUGGAAGCCAACGAGGUCAUCAUCAACCUUUUAGAAGAGUUUGAGGUCAUCGCCAACAAGGCUCGAUGUUACUCCAGUUAUCAGGAACGGUUUGGUAGCUCAAUGACUCAGAUGAAGGUCAGGUUAUUGGAUGUCCUAAUGGUACAGAAGAGUACCGGGAACGCCAUCACCACCGAGAUUCUCAAUGGCGAGCUCUCCGAGAUCGAAUGUGACUUGGGUUUGAGGAAGCUUCUUUGGGAGGCCAAGGAGGAAUGGUGGAUAUUGUCCACAAAGUGGAGGCAAACCUCAUUCGAGAACCUUAACGUGGAUUUCAUUCAGCGAGACAUGAACAGAUUCAGCCAUACGUUGUUUGUGCUUGAGAAAGGAUUGCCACCAAAUGAGGUUGUGACAGGUUUGAAACAAUCCAUUACAGAUUUUAAGCAGAGUUUACCCAUUGUGGUGGCUCUACGAAAUCCUUGUCUUCAGGCCAGGCAUUGGGAAGUUAUACACUUCACUAUUGGGCGGAUGAUCACCAAAGAUAAGAAUUUCACCUUGGGAAACCUUCUGGAACUUAGGAUAUUUCAGCACAAAGAUAAAAUCAUUGACAUCUCGACGACGGCAACAAACGAGGCGACUCUGGAGGGAAUGCUGAGCAAAGUCAUCGGUUUAUGGAGUAAAACGGACUUCAAGUUAACGCCGCACAAGUCUGAGAUUUCCGAAAUCCUGAUUAUUGCAACGGCAGAAGACAUAACGGCUCAGCUGGAGGAAUGUCAGGUCAUCCUCGCCACAGUGAAGGGCUCACGCUACUGCGCGCCCAUUAAGAACACAGUUGAUGAAUGGGACAGAAAACUGAGUCUCUUCUCCCGAGCCAUGGAGGAAUGGAUGACGUGCCAGAGAAACUGGCUGUACCUGGAGCAAAUAUUCCUGGCAUCUGACAUCCAAAGGCAGCUCCCGGCUGAAGCCAAACUUUUUGCCCAAGUGGACAGUUCAUGGAAAGAGUUGAUGAAUCACAUAAAAGACAGACCCAACGCCCUCCGAGCCGCCACUGCUCCAGGUGUACUGGAAGUUCUACAGACCAACAAUGGCCAUCUUGAGAAAAUUCUUAAAUGUCUUGAGGACUUUCUGGAAAUUAAGCGCAGGGUUUUCCCCCGGUUCUACUUCCUCAGCAAUGACGACCUUCUCUCUAUUUUGGCUGGAAGCAAGAACCCCAAUGUCGUCCAGCCGCACCUGGUGAAGUGCUUUGAGAACAUCCAACGCUUGGACAUAAAACAUCACCUGAACAGUUCCCCCGAGGUGGAGACCAUUGUAUCUGCGGAAGGGGAGAGAAUCUGCAUGCCUAAAAAUGUCCGCGUCAGAGGCUCCGUGGAACAGUGGCUGGGAAAUGUGGAGACCAGUAUGUAUGACGUGGUGAAGAAGCUGGUCAGAGCGGGCGUGCUGGACUGGGGCCAGUCAGAUUUUAAGAAAUGGAUCCUCGCCCACCCAGGACAGGUCAUUCUUGUAGUGAGUCAGAUAAUGUUCAAUAAGGACUGUCUGAAAGGUUUUGAUAGUGCGGAUCCGGAGACUGAGCUGAAAACCAUCCUUUCCAACCUGGAGAAGCGUCUUGGAGAACUGGCAGAAAUGGCUGUAGAGGUUCCUCUGCUCCACCAGAAGAGGACCCUGGAGGCUCUGCUCAUCCUCUAUGUGCACUGCAGAGACGUCCUCACCGAAUUAUUGAGGAACAAGGUGUUUACCGCUCAAGACUUUGAAUGGACAAGGCAGCUUCGAUAUGAAUGGAACAAACAGAAUAACUCCUGCUACGUGGUACAGGCCGGAGCCUCCUUCAUGUAUGGUUAUGAGUAUCUGGGCUGUUCUUCUCGUCUGGUCAUAACACCCCUCACUGACCGAUGCUGGUUGACAUUGACUGGAGCUCUGGAUCUUCAUCUUGGGGGAUCUCCGGCAGGACCAGCUGGUACCGGAAAGACUGAAACUGUCAAAGAUCUAGCCAAAGCUUUAGGAAAACAGUGCGUGGUCUUCAACUGCUCAGAAAGCCUGGACUACAAGAUGAUGGGGAAGUUUUUCUCUGGAAUGGCUCAGUCUGGAGCUUGGUGCUGUUUUGAUGAGUUUAACCGUAUUGAUAUUGAAGUUCUCUCAGUAAUUGCCUCUCAGAUACAUGCCAUCAAAACAGCAAAGGACAGCCAAGCCAUAAGGUUUGUAUUUGAGGGAAGAGAGAUCCGUCUAAAUAUGUCCUGCGGAGUCUUCAUUACCAUGAAUCCCAGAUACAAAGGACGAGUUGAGCUCCCAGAUAAUCUGAAAUCUCUGUUUCGGCCGGUUGCGAUGAUGGUUCCCGACUACCAACUUAUCGCCGAGAUAAUGCUCUUCUCUGAGGGUUUUCAAACGGCAAAAUCCUUGUCUGGAAAACUAGUAAACCUGUAUGAGCUGGCAAGCAAGCAGCUAUCCCAGCAGAAUCAUUAUGACUUUGGGAUGAGAGCUAUUAAGACUGUGCUAAUGGUGGCCGGUCAGAAGAAGCAGGACCAUGAAGCCAGAGAACAGAAGACGAGACUUUCUCCGGAAAAUGAAACGGUGAUAAUAAUCUGUGCCCUAAAAGAAGCAAAUUUGCCAAAAUUUUUGGCUGAAGAUGUGGUACUUUUUGAAAACAUCAUGGCCGACCUGUUCCCCGGAGUGAGCCUUCAGAAAGCAAACACUGAAAAAUUAGAGAAAGCCGUGUCCGCAGCAGUGAGUGAAUUAUGUUUGCAACCUUGGGAGAGUCAAAUGGAGAAGGUCGUCCAGUUCUAUCACCAGAUUUUGGCUCGGCACGGAGUGAUGCUGGUGGGCCCCACCGGAGGAGGGAAGACCACCGUGCGAAGGAUUUUGGAAAAAGCCUUGACACAUUUCCCUCCCACAGGAAGUGGCUUUUUGCCGACCGUCACAAGAAGAAGGAGGGUGGAGACCUUCCUCAUAAACCCCAAGUGUGUAACCCUGGGAGAGCUGUACGGUGAAAUCAACCCCAACACCAUGGAGUGGUCGGAUGGUCUCCUGGCCUCAGCUGUGAGGACCUUCACACAACAGUCAGCCCAGGAGGAUGGAACCAUGAUGUCUGCCACGUCCACUGCACAGAACAAGACUGAUGAGGAUCCGCAGAUGUCGGAGACCGCAAAUGAGGAAUAUUUGGACGGCGGGUCGUCACUGUCUAAAGGUGACCCAGACUGGUACUGGAUAAUCCUGGACGGUCCGGUGGACACAUUAUGGGUGGAGAAUCUUAACACCGUUCUAGAUGACACCAGGACACUUUGUUUGGCCAACAGCGAAAGAAUUCGUCUUCCACAAGGGAUGAGGAUGAUUUUCGAAGUGGACAGUCUGGCCCAAGCCAGUCCUGCUACUGUCAGUCGCUGUGCUAUGGUCUAUAUGGAUCCAGUGGAUCUAGGAUGGAGACCCUUUGUCAAGACUUGGCUCAAGCGAAUAUCCACCAGGGUCCCGACGAGCGGUGUCCAGUACUUUAGCACGCUGCUCGACAAGAGCGUGGAUGAGGGAAUCAGAUUCAUUCGCAAGCUUAAAGGCAACUUACCAUUCCCCGUCCAAGACCUGGUGCUGGUGAUGAACUUGUGUAAAAUCCUGGAGGCUUUUAUCGAAUUCAUGAGCGAAAAUGGAGGCUUUGGGCAGACUCUGGACGACCUGAACGAGAAAGUUCCUCCUGCCUCAGAUAAUCGCGAGUUCCGAUCUGCGUCUGAGUCCAGGAGAUCGUACACCCCGAGCCUGACGGAGAGCCUGAGAAGAAGAGAAGAACAGAAGUGGUUCUUGGAAAAGCACCCAGAAAAGCUGGCCCCUCUGCUGGGGAAGCUGUACAUUUUUGCGUUUACCUGGGCGUUCGGAGGCGUCUUAACCCGAGAAGAUGAACACGAAGGAGAUUCCCUCAUUGGGUUGAAGGCCAGAGACGAGGCCUUGGUGAACGUCACCUAUGACUUCAACAGCUUCGUCCAUGACUUGUUUGAAGGCGAACAAGCCAGCGGAGUCCAGAUUCCUCUCGGAGAGAAUUCGGUUUUCAGUUACUUUGUUGAUCUCCAGACGGGGAACUUUGUGUCUUGGGAUAGUUUAGUUCUAUCCACAGAAUCUGUGAUCCACAAAGAAUCGUUGUUAUUCUCAGAACCCUUAAAGGACACAGGGGGCGCUCUUCAGGGCUUUAUCUCCACAGUGGACAGUGUACGAUAUUCCUUCCUGACCAGCCUCCUGCUUCUGCAUAAGCAGCCUGUUCUCCUCACCGGUGACUCUGGAGUUGGGAAAUCAACUUUAGUGCAGAAUAUGCUUCAAAAGCUGCAAAAACCUGGUGGACUUUCUGUAAAGGCUGGGACUGUCCUAGGAGAUAUCUUUCUAUUUAACGAGUCAAGAAAAAUUAGUCUUUUACAGAAUAUUUCAACACUGACCUCCGUGUCCAGAGAUGAUGAAGAUUUAGCAUUAUCUGUGGAUGACACAUCACUCACUGGAAUGAUCAAAGAUGGACCCACGUCUGAGGGUGAACCCGGCUCUCAGAGAAUGAAACAACUCUUAGUGUCCACGGUGCAGCUGGGGCCCCACACCAGCGCAGCCAGAAUCCAGGGCCAAAUCCUUAGCAAGCUGGUGAAGAAGGGCCGGGACACCCUGGGGGCAUCGAGGUCUAAGCAAGUGGCCAUAUUUAUUGAUGAUCUAAAUAUGCCAAACCCAGAAGAAUAUGGCUCUCAACCUCCACUCGAGAUGAUGCGCCAGUUUCUAGAACUUGGUGGCUUCUAUGACACCAAGUCCCUUACAUGGAAGGAUAUCCAGGACACCACUGUGAUAGCUGCAUGUGCCCCCCCUGGUGGAGGGCGCAGUGACCUCAGCCCCCGACUCUUGAAAUACUUCUGCAUGCUGACCCUGCCGCACCCCUCCGUACAGGCUCUACAGCAUAUAUUCCAGGUCCAGCUGGGAUCGUUUCUGCAGUGCCACAAUUUUUUAGCUGAAAUCCAGAAGUGCCGCAGUUUAUUAUCUUCCUGUGCAAUCGCCAUGUACUACAGGACGUGUCACAGCAUGUUACCCACACCUGCCAAGUGCCACUACACCUUUAACCUGAGAGAUCUGUUUAAGGUCCUGCAGGGGCUGUUCCAGGCCAGUGAAUCCAUCACCAUCACCAAAGAUAUGGCAGCCCAGCUGCUCGUGCACGAGACGACGCGAGUAUUUCACGACCGCCUUGUAGACGCAGGAGACAGAGAGAUCUUCUAUCAGUGUCUGUCAGAGGAACUGCUUAAUUACUUCAAGAUUUCUUGGCCAAUGGAAAAACUGAUGAAGGAUCCGGUGCAGUUUGUGGAUUUUUUGGAGGUGGAUUCAACGGCAAAGAAACGGGUUUAUCGGCCAGUGACAAGUCACAAACAGCUGGUGUCCAAGCUAGAUGAGUACCGGAUGAAGAUGAGGAUGAGCUCCGCCAGCACGGGGGACACCUAUGUGUUCUUUACGGAGGCCAUCCAGCACAUCAUAAGGGCCACCCGAGUGUUCAGACAACCUGGGGGCCACAUGAUGAUGGUCGGACUGGAUGGGACGGGGAAAGUAAGCUGCGCAGCGCUCGCCUGCUACAUCUCGAGUUGUAAGCUUUUCCGGUUGUCCGUAUCGCAGGGCUACAGCCACACAGAGUUCAGGGAGGAUCUGAAGAAAGUGUAUAAGGAGGCAGGGCUGCUGGGCGGCAGCGCGGUGCUCCUUAUCCAGGGCUCGGACAUCGUCCAGGACUCCUUCUUAGAAGAUAUUAACUGCGUCCUGAGCUCGGGGGACGUUCCUGACCUGUUCGACAAAGACGAGCUGGACGGUCUUCUUGUGGAGCUGAAAGCAGAGGCCGCCGAGGCCAAUAUGUCUGACAACCCCCAGUCCAUGCUGUCAUUCUUCCUGAAGAGGGUCCGUUACAAUCUCCAUGUGGUUCUGGUUCUGAGCCCAGCAGGACAGACCUUCCGCGAGCACUGCCGGACACAUCCGUCUCUAGUAAACUGCUGCACCAUUGACUGGUACGACGGGUGGCCCCAGGAGGCUCUCCUCAGCGUGGCAGAUACUUACAUGGCGCAGCAGGAUCUGGUGCAAGAGAACCAGGGUCAGGUCGCGCAGGUUUGUGUCGCCAUUCAUAAAAGCGUUUCAAGCACAGCGGCGCAGUACCAGGAGGAGACACGGAGGCGCUACUACGUCACACCUCAGAGCUACCUGAGCUUCAUAGACACCUUCUCACACAUCCUGCAGACCAAGAAGCAAAAGCUCAUGGAGGACAGGGAUCGGUUCUUCACUGGGCUCUCAAAGCUUCUGGAGGCGACAUCUUCUAUUGAGAUCAUGCAACAAGAACUGGUCACCCUGGGGCCACAAAUAGAGCAGAAAUCAAAGGAGAUAGAAGAAUUAAUGGUAAAGCUACAGAAGGACUCUGCGGUGGUGGAGCAGGUUCGAGCCAUCGUACAGCAAGAAGAAGACGUGAUGGUGCAAGAGACCAGGAUUGUACAGGAAUAUGCUGAGCAAGCCCAGCAGGAGCUGAGUGACGUUCUGCCCGCACUGGAGGACGCGGUGUCUGCUCUCGAUUCUCUGGAUAAGGCCGACAUCUCAGAAGUAAAAGUAUACACUCACCCACCAUUCCUGGUACUAACAGUCAUGAACGCAGUGUGUGCGCUGCUGCAUCAGAAGCCUGACUGGCCUACAGCCAAGCUGCUGCUUGGAGACCCAGGAUUCCUCAAAAAACUGGUCAAUCUCGACAAGGACAGUAUUCCAGAAAAGGUCUUUUCUAACUUAAAGAAGUACUCCAGCAUUCCAGAUUUUAACCCACAGAAGGUGGGGGCUGUGUCUACGGCAUGCCGUUCUCUGUGUCAGUGGGUCCUGGCUCUUGAACACUACCAUGAGGUUCAAAAGAUGGUGAUCCCAAAACAAGAGCGUGUGGCCGAAGCCCAAGAAGCUCUAAAACUGGCGCAGGAGAGGCUGAAGAAGAAACAGGCCAGCUUAUCUAUGGUUGAAGAACAUCAACAUCUGCUACAAAAACAAUACAACGACAGCGUUGCCGAGAAAGAUCAUUUGGCAUUUCGCAAGCAGCUGACCACCAAGCGCCUGGUGAGGGCCUCCGUGCUGAUUACAGCUCUGGAUGAGGAGAAGGUGCGGUGGAAACAGUCAGUAGAGAGGCUGGAGCUGCGGCUGAAGGGAAUCCUGGGUGACGUCCUGGUUUCGGCUGCGUUCAUUGUGUACGGUGGGGUGUUUACGUCCGAGUAUCGGGCGCAGCUGAUGGGACAGUGGUUGGAGUUCUGUAAGGCGUAUCAGAUCCCGGUGUCAGAAGAUUACUCGUUUAUCCACGCUAUGGCUGCCGAGAGCGAGGUGAGCCGCUGGCACAGUGAAGGGUUACCCCCCGAUCCCUACUCCAUAGAAAACGCCAUAUUAGUCAAGAAUGGACAGCGCUGGCCUCUCUUGAUCGAUCCUCACGGUCAGGCCUACAAGUGGAUCUUCCAGAUGGAAGGCAGGAAACUGCGUCAGGUUCAGGCCUCUGAUCCCGGCUACAUGAAAACCCUAGAAACCGCCAUACGCCUCGGAGAGCCCAUCCUCAUCCAGGAUGUUCCUGAAGACAUGGACCCCAGCCUGAAGCCUGUUGUAGGAAGAGAAAUUCACCGGCGGGCAGGACAGGACGUCAUACGCUUAGGAGAUGCGGAAAUUGAGUACAACAGGAAUUUUAGGCUGUACAUGUCGACCCAAAACCCAAACCCACAUUUCCUACCAGCCGUUUGCAUCGCCGUCACGUUGAUCAACUUCACCGUGACAUUUAAAGGGCUUAAGGACCAGCUCCUGUGCAGCGUGGUCGCCCACGAGCAGCCACACCUGGAGGCACAAAGAUACCAGAUCCUGGAGAGUAUAGCGGCAGAUCUGAGUACACUGCGAGGCCUGGAGGAGCAGUCACUCACCUUACUGCAAAAAACCGAAGGCCACCUACUUGAUGAUGAAGACCUCAUCAACACCCUUCAGAAGUCCAAAUUCACGGCCAAGGAUGUCUUCAAAAGAAUGAGGGAUUCUGGCAAGACAGAGGCAAGCAUUGAAGCGGCUCGUGGCAUCUACCUCCCCGUGGCCCAACGAGGGGCCGUCCUUUAUUUUGUAGUGGCCGACCUGAUUCACCUGAACUACAUGUACCAGUUCUCCUUACAAUGGUUCCAUCAGGUGUUUGUGGAAGCCAUGAAGGCGUCAGCAACUUCCCAAUCUCAGAUCCCUUUCACUUCUUCUCCUGGAAUAAUCCGGCCGCUCAGCAGACAGAGAAAAGAGAGGGAGGAGGGAGACCCGAGCGAGGAUAUCCAGAGGCACCUGGACAAUAUCUGCAAGACCUUAACCAGAAAUGUAUACCAGAUCGUCUCCACGGCCCUCCUCACAGAGCACAGGCUUUGCUUCUCUUUUAUGCUGACUGUAAACAUAAUGAAAAGCUGCAGCAACCGCGAGGAAUCUGCGUUCCCGGGAUUUCUACCAGAAUCGGAAUGGGAAUUCUUCCUGCACUCGCUGAUGCUGAGCAACGUAAUGAAGAUGAGACCCCCUGCGGGGAAUGAUGGACCUGAGAAAGGCGACGAGAACAAGGCGGAUACAGCAGGUCUUGAGGCUGAGGUUCUGGGACGUGGCACCCCUGAGUGGCUCUCAGACACCACGUGGCGCCAGUGUCAGUACAUGAGCCACUACAUGGAGCCGUUCUCAGAUCUGUGCCAUUCCUUGUCUCACAACACACAGCAGUGGAGAGAAUUCAGAGACACCGCAGCGAUGUACGAUUAUCUCAGCAAACCAUACACAGGCCUGGAGAAAGGAGUAGAUCCAGGAUAUGCUGCUGACCAGGAGACAUCACAAGCUGCUGCCGUAUUUCAUUGGGAGACACUUACUUCAUUCCAGAAACUUCUGUUGAUAAAAGUCCUGCAUCCUGAAUGUUUGGUCAGCGGUAUUCAAAGAUUUAUAGCCGAGAAGAUGGGAGCAGAAUACAUCCACAGCCGCCCAAUGAAUGUGAAACAGGCGCUGGAUGAGUCCAGCCCCUCCUGUCCUCUCAUAUUUAUCCUCUCACCCGGCAGUGACCCCAGCGGUCAGCUGGAGCGUCUAGCGCUGGAGACCCAUGGCAGCACCCUGCACCUAGACAUGAUCUCCCUGGGUCGUGGUCAGGGGGUGAAGGCAGAAGAGCUGAUUACCAAAGCCAGAAGACUGAAAGGCCACUGGGUCUUCCUCCAAAACUGCCACCUCGCCGCCUCCUUUAUGCCCAGACUCAGAGAAAUCGUGGACGGAUUCGAGCGACAGGCCGGGGCCGCGGAUCCGCAGUUCAGGCUGUGGUUAAGCUCCAAGUCAGAUGAGUCAUUUCCAGUUUCUAUUCUACAGAAGGGUUUCAAGAUGGCAGUGGAGCCCCCUAUGGGACUGAAAGGAAAGUUACAGCAGACGUUUGACAGCACUGGCAGCGGGCUGAUCACAGAGAAGAUCUUCGAGAAGGAAAAUGGCCGACCAGCCUGGAAGAAGCUCCUGUUCAGUCUGUGCCUAUUCAAUGCCGUGAUAAAUGAGAGAAGAAAGUAUGGCGCCCUCGGGUGGAACAUCCCGUAUGACUUCACCCUCUCCGACUUGGAGGUCUCGGUGCAGAUGUUGGAGAUGCUCACAGAUAACCACAGAGAGAUCCCGUGGACCGCCCUCCAUUAUCUGACGGGCGAGGUGGUGUAUGGAGGAAGAGUGACUGACUCCUGGGACCGACGCUGCCUGCUGAGCAUCCUGGACAAUUUCUACACCCCUGCCCUCCUGCAGGAUGACUACUCCUUCUCUGCCGACCAGGUUUAUCAUCCUUUGUCAGACGAUGCAACCUUACAGGACUGCAGAGAUUAUGUGAAUUCUCUCCCCGACACCGACAACCCUGAAAUCUUCGGCAUGCACCCCAACGCUGAGAGAGCGUACCUGACGUCCCAUGCUCACGCCUUCCUGGAUACUAUAGCGAUCAUGCAGUCCAGAAGGAGCGCAGAUCACACUGCGCACAGAAGUGAAUACAGUCAGGAUCAGAUGGUGCAGGACAUGAUCACCAACAUCCUUGCUAAACUACCUGAGACGGUGGAAGGGAAAACGUCCCCGGAGCGCUCCACGGCCGAAACACAUGACCGGCGUACGCUCGCUAACCUGCUUACCGAACCUGCAUGGGAAGCGCUUGUGAAAAAUGCUAAAGGUUAUGACCCCCUGAUCAAUUCUGCGUUGCUGACGGUCCUGCGCCAGGAGAUCGACCGGUUUAAUCACCUGCUGUCCGUCAUGCACAGCUCCCUCUGUGCCGUGCAGCAGGCUAUAAGGGGAGAGGUGAUUCUGAAUAGAGGGUUAGAGGACGUGUACGACGCUCUGGCGAGCCUGAAGGUGCCCACGCUAUGGCAGCAAUGCUCCUAUGAAUCUUGUAAGCUGCUGGGGUCGUGGGUCGACGACCUUGUUCAGCGGCUGGAGUUUUUUGCAUCGUGGUCCAGACGAGUGAUCGCAUGUGCACAGGAGAGGUUCGGUGACCAGCUGGGCCUCCAGAAGAAGACAUUUACAUAUUCCAGACCGAAUUCUUCCCAGAAAACUGAUAAGGUCACUACGACCCAGCUCAGAGAGGAACCAAGCAGCUUCUGGCUCCCGGCAUUUUUCUUUCCACAAGGCUUUCUGACAGCCGUUUUACAAAACUAUGCGCGGAUAAGAAGCGUGUCUGUGGACUCCCUCACCUUCAGACACCAAGUGCAACCUGUAACAAGUAACGUAUGGGGCCCGGACCAAAGCCUCAGUGAUAUGGCCUUUGAUGAUUCCUCUCCACCUCAAGAAGGGAUCCUGGUUUUUGGACUGUUCCUGGACAGUGCCCAAUGGAACCCCAAUACACAGGUCUUGGAGGAAUGUGAAGAGGAGGAAAGAUUUUACCCACUGCCUCAAAUCCACUUCAUUCCAUACAUGCAGGUGGACACCGCAGCAGGAGAACACAGCCCGGUCUACGUGUACGAGUGCCCGCUGUACAGGACUCCGCAGCGCGCUGGAACUUUAUCCUCCACCGGACAUUCCACUAAUUUCAUAACAAGCGUGCCUUUACCAAGUCUAGUCCGACCCAAUCACUGGAUCCGAAGAGGCGCCGCUCUGCUCUGCCAAAUACCAGAUUAACACCCCAGGCACAAUGUAUAAAUAGACAAUGUUUAGUGCAGGGUCUAAAGGGGCGGAGCAUGACACAGGGAGCCCAGCACCACUCCGCCCCCUCAGAUCCUUCAUUUAGGUAUGCAAGCUGUAAAGACUUCUCUCUCUGACUUACCUUUGUUUUAACUUACUACGAUUUCUUUAGUAGAGUA